AUUAAUAAUAAAUGACAUAAAUUUAAAAUCGCUACAUCAGUGCUAUAAAUAUUUUCUUUACCGAGGAGAUAAAGAGAUAAAAUGCCACAAAAUAUGACGCCCGUAUUUAGGAGGAGGUCGCGCACUGCUAUACUGUUUAGCGGAAACAUGAAACUAGGAUAUUUAUUCGUCACCCUGCUCUUGGGUAUUCUUUGGCAACGCAGCCAAGCCACAAAAUGGGCCCUGGAGUCCAAAGAGGAUGUGUGCUCUCUAUUUCCCGAUGGGGCUAUUCUUCGCAAACCUGGUAGCUGUCAAGAAACCAUAAAGUGUAUGAAUGGCGUCAGCACUCCGGGACCUACCACCUGCGAAGGAAGCCAGGGCUACAAAUUGGAGACCAAUAAAUGUGCUUCGGUUAGCGAUGCCUAUUGUUCCACGCCUUGUGUCAAAAAUUCUCCCACCUGGGUGGCUGGCAAAAGAAAUUGCAUUGAUUGGGCCCAAUGUGAUGGCAAGACCCAACUGUCGACCGGCAGCUGUCCCACUGGCCAAAUCUUCAAUGCAGAGGUGCAGCGAUGCCAAUACAAACCCACAGGCUUUGUAUGCGACAUGGUAUAUGACAUUUGCAACAUCUCCCCCAAAGAUCAAAAGUUUUGGGAUGAAUUCAAUUGCCACAAAUACUUCUACUGCGACAAGAGCCAGAAGCAGCAAACUGGUGAAUGUCCCACGGGCACCUACUAUGAGAAGCAAAGUGGUGAAUGCAUAGCCAAGGCUCAGGUGGACUGUUAUAAACACCCAUUGCCGCUAGAUGUGUGUGGUAAUGCCAAAUUAGCGAUACGUGAUCAUUUCGUAAGUGAUCAGGCCACCUGUAGUGGCUAUUUCUAUUGCAAGGACUUGGGCUCUGGCAUUCCAGAUACCAACCCCGACUGGGGUAAAUGCUCAAAUGGCUACUUUUUCGAUGCAGAACUGGAGGUGUGCCGUGAUCGUAACACUAUUCACUGUGACGAAGAUCGUUGCGAUGGGCGUACUAGUGGCUUUGAGUUGGCUCCCAUACCCGGUUGCCAACACUAUUACCAAUGCGAAAAUGGUUAUACCAUUGGGCCAGCCCUAGAAUGUGAGGAAGGCUUAUACUUUGAUGCCGGCAUGGAGAAAUGUGUAGCUACUAAGACUUCUUAUCCCAUUUGUUCUUAGAGAAACAAAAUAAAAG